AUGGCUUCGCUAUAUCAAAGAAUCACAGGGCAGAUUAACACCUCCAGAUCUUAUCCGGCGCCUGCUGAAGCCAGUCACCUUCUUGGCGGCCAGUGCGCUGAUGAGGACAACGGAGGGAAAGCGCCACGCUCUCUGGAUGAUAGCCGGCCCCGCUACCAUUACCAGCACAGAAGUGACUGUGAAGAUGAUGAUGAGCUGGUGGGCAGUAACCCUCCUCAAAGAAACUGGAAAGGAAUAGCAAUCGCACUUCUCGUGAUCCUGGUCAUCUGCUCACUGAUUGUAACCUCAGUCAUCCUCCUUACUGAACCUGAAGAUAACAGCCUGGCAUUGAAGGCGAAGGUGAGAAUUGAGGAUCUCUUCAGCGAAGAAUUCCAGAUUCACGAUGUAGAGGCCAAGUGGAUUAACGAUAAUGAACUGCUGUAUCGCACCUCGGAUGGAAAUCUGGAGAGGCUGAAUGUUGAAACCAUGGAAAUGACACUCCUGAUGACAAACCAGAAAUUUCAAGAAUUUCAAGUCAGCGGAUAUGAAGUAUCACCAGACAUGAAGUAUGUGCUGCUCGCAUACAAUGCUAAAAAGACUCAUCGGCAUUCCUUCACAGCUGACUACACGUUGUGCAAUUUACACACUUGGGAGCACCUCACCCUGAAUCCACCUGAGGUUAAGGACGCAGAGUUGCUGUACGCAGGCUGGGGUGUACAAGGUCAACAACUGAUUUUCAUUUUUGAGAACAACAUCUUCUAUCAGCGGGAUGUUUAUAGCCGUGCUAUACGUCUGGUAGCUACUGGGAAGGAGGGGGUCAUUUUCAAUGGCCUGAGCGACUGGCUGUAUGAAGAGGAAGUACUGAAAACCAACAUUGCUCACUGGUGGUCCCCAGAUGGAGCCAGGCUGGCAUACGCAACAAUUAAUGAUUCAAAGGUACCCACAAUGGAAAUCCCGACGUACCUUGACUCCCUGUACCCGACCGGGAAAAUGUACCCUUAUCCAAAGGCUGGCCAAGAGAAUCCAACAAUCUCACUGUAUGUGGUGAAUUUAAAUGGACCCACUCAUACUCGCGAGAUGAUCCCUCCGGAGGACACGAGAAUGAAGGAGUAUUAUGUUACCAUGGUGACGUGGGCAAGCAGCACUAAACUAGCAGUAAACUGGCUGAACAGAGCCCAGAAUGUUUCCAUCCUGACUUUAUGUGAGGCCACCACGGGCAUUUGCACAAAGAAACAUGAGGAUGAAAGUGAAAGCUGGCUCUCCAGGCAGAACGAGGCCCCAUUAUUUUCCAAAGAUGGAAGGAAGUUUUUUUUCAUCCGCCCAGUUCCGCAGGGAGGCAGAGGGAAGUUUUACCACAUUGCCAUGUCAUCUGCUCAAGUUAACAAUAGUAAUGAUAAUUUGCAGUCCAUCACCUCUGGUAACUGGGAUGUGACACAGAUUUUGUCAUAUGACGAAUUGCACCAAAAAAUUUACUUUCUGAGCACAGAGGACUCUCCUUUGCGCCGACAAUUGUACAGUGCAGAGACCAGUGGAACCUUUAAUCGACGCUGCCUAUCAUGUGACCUGAUACCUAACUGUACAUAUUUCAGUGCAUCAUUCAGCCACAAUAUGCGUUAUUUCUUGUUGUACUGUAAAGGUCCAAGAGUCCCGAGGGUCACAGUUCACAGCACCACUGAUAGACACAACAUCGUCCAGUUAGAGAAAAACGACAAGGUUCAAAAUGCCACAGAGAGCAUGCAAAUGCCCAAAAUAGAAUACAAGGACAUUAUGAUAAAGGAUUACACACUGAAAAUGCAAAUAAUAAAGCCAGCAGCGUUCUCAAAUAAGUCCCAAUAUCCUUUGUUACUUAUUGUUGGUGAUAGUCCUGGUUGCCAGAUUGUCACAGAGCAAUUCCAAGUCGAUUGGACAACUGUACUUGUCAGUUCAUUCAACACCAUUGUGGUAAAAUUCGAUGGACGCGGCAGUGGUUUCCAAGGCACUAAACUCUUGUAUGAGAUAAAGAAAAACCUGGGGACGGUGGAAGUAAAGGAUCAAACAGAUGCUUUGAAGAGCCUCUUAAAGGAAGAGUACAUUGACGCAAGCAGAGUUGGAGUGUUUGGACAGGCCUAUGGUGGUUAUUUAAGUCUGAUGUUGCUUACCACAGAAAAAGAAUUUGACAAAAAAAAUGCUUUAUUCAAGUGUGGAAUUGCACUUUCUCCAAUCACAGACUUUAAACUAUACGCAUCUGCAUUCUCCGAACGAUAUUUUGGUGCACUCAACAGGGCUGAGAGAGGUUACGGAGUGUCUGAAUUUUCAUAUCGAGUGCUACAACUUCGAGAGGAGGAAUUGUUGCUAAUCCAUGGAACUGCAGAUGAAACUGUCCAUUUCCAACAUACAGCAGACCUUAUAACCCACUUAAUCAAUGCAAAGGCUAACUAUUCUUUGCAGAUAUAUCCCGAUGAGGGUCAUUACAUGGAAAAUACCGCAGUUCGGCUGCACCUGCACAAAUCGAUUGUCAGGUUCUUUGAGAAAUGCUUCAGGUCCCCGGACAAGAUCGCAGCAAAAACAGAAGUGGAGGGGGAAGAGGAUGAUUAAAUUUUUUUGAGCGGCUUGCCAAGCACAAACAUCUCUUUUAUAAAAUACAACUGAUUUUGUUUUUCAGAACAGUGUUAUGUUAGCAUGUUACAAAGACUAAGAGCAGUAACUGCUUGCUUCACCGACAUCACUGCGUCCUCAUCGGAAGAAUCUCCAGCAUGAAAAUAACAAUCAAAGUGGUUGACUGUUCCGAUGUAAUUGACAUCCCUGUCCCCCAAACCCCAACUCCCAACACCCCCCCCCCCCAAAAAAAAGUGGUGUCAACCUUUGUAAUUUCUCAUGUGAUGGGGGCAUCACAAAAAUACACUUAAUGGAUGAUUAAGGGGAGCAUCAGCAGGCGCGGAGGUCAAGUAGAUCAAGAAGAUUUGCCCACACAUUCAGCGAAUGUUCUGUCAGGGUCACCUAGAUAUCAACAACAACAAACCCCAGUAUGUCAGCAAACGUUCAAGUUAUUUCAUGGCUUCAGGUGGAAACCAAACUGCGCAAGUAGUUUUAUAGCACAACAAAUAUUUCAACAACUACAAAAUACUUUGACUUGCAGUGGAACCUCCAUUAUUUGUAUUUCAGUUGUCACUUUGCAUACCCUCCCUGCCUUGAUUUUAAGUCAGCUGCAUUGCCCUAGAAAUAUUUAAUUCACUAUAUUUUGUAUAAAUUGUUCUGGCCUCCAUUCCCAACUCUAAGGUAUUGGCUGGACCAUGGAGAUUUGCAAUUAUCCUCCAAUUCCCUCUACACAGUAAGCAGGGCCAUUGCUAUGAUGGUACAUAAUGAAGACUUUGCUUGUAAUUCUACAGCUUGGAACCAUUUGGUUUUACCCAAUGUGGCGCUGCAUUGGCCGAAUAAACCAAACUGCCACUCCUCUUUAUUUGAACAUCAUUUUUCUCCUUUUUUUGUCUCUUCUGUUUGUGUGUGCAAAGGUAUGCAUUCAUUUUCAUUAACUGACUUGCGAAUCUUCAGUUCAACCCAUUCCAACAGUAAAACUGAAGGUCAACUGCAAUGUUCAGAGUUGGCACAUCCUUUGCUGUUACUUUAAUGAAUGUAUAUCCUAGUUGCUGACAAUAAUGUUACAGGUUUCCAAAUGUCAUUCUUUUGUAUUUCUGUGCCAGUCUUAUAAGAUUCAUCUGUGCAUGGCAACACAUCUCACCAUCUCCGGAAUGAUUAUGAAGUGCUUGCUUUAAGUGUACGGUUGCAGUGUCGCUAUUUUCUGGCAAUGUGAAUGUGUUUUCUUCAUAAAUAUGCCUAUGUAUACUUUUUGUCUAUAGAGCUUCGUGUGUCAACAGGUUCGCCUUCUCCAUCUCCUUCACACUUCUCACUGAACUUAUGUUGGUGUUCGCUAACAUUUCUUUAAUCCUCUGAGUGCUGCUGUUCGCAUUGCAAAUUCCAGUCAAUUGAAAGAUCCAUUGAUUUGGGAAGAUUGGUUCUCUGCA